AUGGUGUCUUGCGGGAAAGAAUAUACACCGCCUGUCAAAGUCAGCCUUAAGCCAGAGCCUCGAUCUUUCAUUCAUAUCGUUGCCAGAGAUAUCUCUCUUGACUUGCUCCCAGCCUUGCCGUCUUUCUGCCUCUUUUUCCCUUUUUAUGCCUCCUUUUCUUCGGCUUUUCUCAAGCUCGUUUCAGGCGCCUUUUGGUCUUGGUGUAAAUCAAAUACAGAUCGCGUAAUAUUACACAUUCUGUUCCUGCAUCUAAGCCUCUUCGGGAAACCGUCAGGCUGUGCAGCCAAUGGGAGAGAGGCCGCGUCUUCCUCCGGACGUAUUUUAAGACACCCGAAAUACCGGGAGAUCGAAACAAGCUUUUUACGAGGCGCUUUCCUUGGCGUCUUUUUCUCUUUCUUUUUCGCUUUUCUCUCUUUCUCUUCCUUCGCCUCCAUCAUUGGCAUCGUCGUCGUCGUCCUCUUACUCUUUGCCCUACGCAUCCUUUCGCCGGGUAACUGUGUAUAUCCUAGCAGACAAGGUAUUCUUUGCGGGUUGAAAGGGGCAAUUGAACUCGAUACCUUCAGCUCUUUCGCAGGACACAUCCGCGAGAAGCCGGCCAGCCACCGCAGCCAUGGUCUUGCUACGGAACAUAGCUCUCGUCGCCCUCGCUCUGGGCAGCGGAGCUACUGCGUCAAAUGCAGCUUACUUCAAAAGAGCUCCCGAAGCUUUGAUCUAACGUGGUUCCAUUUUCCAGACAUGUCGACCUCUGCGGUUGCAAAGACGACGGGAACCGAUACUACUCAGUCGACAGCUACCAGCGGUGCCGAAUCUUCCAUGACUUCCAGCUCGUCUACUUCGACCAAGGCGACCGCCCCUACUCCAAGCCCGACCCCUUCAGAUGACACGGAUACUGGAGGUUCAGGGUCCCAAGAAGAUCCAGAGCUCACUGGUGACAAGCCCAAGGAAGCUCAGGCAUGCAGCUCCGAAAAGGACCUCUCUGUCAAACCCUUCUGUUCACCUCAUGAUCAACAAGAAGUAUACGUCGAUGACACCUACUAUGUAACCUGGCUUACUUCAAUUCUCGGUUCUGACUCUGUUGUUAGAGUUGGCUUAGACUAUGUCAAUGUCUCUAUGAAUGAAGGCCUCAAUGCUUGGCUUUCUCGUGAGACCCCAAACAACCACAGCUAUGUCGCCAUUCAGAUGAAGCCGGAAUGGCUCAAGGGCGAGAAACGCAAUAACUUCACGUUUUUCCUGGAUGAGUUUCCAAAGGGCAAAGGAAAGGUCCAUCACAACGGUCCUACCAUCUCCCUCGUCAACAAGCCUCCAGUCCACCAUCCUCCACCCCCUCCAACUCCAGCACCCAAGCCGCUUGGCCUUCUCAUCGGUCUACCUCUUGGUCUCGGCGCCGUUUUCCUGAUUCUACUCGGCCUCUGCUUUGGUAUGAAGCACCAGCGCCGAAUUGGCUUGAGCAACAUUAUGGGCAGACGCAACAAGGGCUACGGUGGUAGACGUGCCAGAGCCAUGAGAAGUGGACGCGGUGCCGGUGGUUCUAUCAGGUUGGACGACAUGGAGGAUAGCGGACAGCAGUAUUCCGACACCCCUGAGCGACUCCCAUCGCGUCAGCAUAUAGUUUCCGAUACGGAGACUUUCAACGAAGUUCAACGCCGGGAGGGGAAUGCUUUCAGACAGGAACUUGCCCGCUUGAAGAACUGGAAGUGA